AUGCUUAAAGAUGGCAUUAUUUUUAAUAGCACGUCAUCGUACAAUGACAUAGUUCAAUAUAGAUCCGGAAUGCGCAUGAGACAUGUAGAUGCAUUAAGUCGCGUAUAUUGUUUACUGAUUGAGGACUCGUUAAAGUUUAGAUUGAAGGAAGCUCAGUUGCAAGACGAUUGGAUUAGAGCGGUAAAGAAAGCGUUAGAGAAUGGGCUCUAUGAGAAGUUUUAUAUAAGAAAUGAGUUAGUAUGUUACUAUCCCAUCAAGGAAUUAUUAGUUGUACCCUCGGGCAUGGAAGAGGAGAUUAUAAAGUUUGCACACAGGCAAGGACACUUUGCAGUUAAGAAAAUCGAAGAGAUUUUAAAGCGUAGUAUGGGGAUAGCACCCUUCAAAAUACUUACAGGUCUGAAUAUGCGCACUUCAGAUAGUCCGGAAUUACUAACUAUGUUAGACGAAGUAGAGGUUGAAGAGUUAAAUACGCAACGCGAAUUAGUGAGACAGGAGGCAAAAGAAAACAUAAAGUUGCUUGGUACUAUGUGCACAAAUUCAAAUAAUGAAGUCGUUAAGGAAAUAUUCACCAUCCUUUCUGGUUUAGCUGCUGAAUCAAGUUCGUCAUCGGAGGAUUUAGAACAAGAGCAGAUAGAGCAUCCAAAAUGCUCUAAUUUUGUGGACAACAUAGAUAAUUUUGGAGAUGAGGAUUUCAAAUCACACUUUCGUUUGAGCCGCACCACUUUAGAUUACUUAAUAGGAAGAUAUGAAGAAAGUGAACAAAACCGUUUUGCUACGAAGUCCGGAAAAGCCAAAAUUCCUGCUAAAACAAUGAUGUACAUGUAUGUAUGGUACUUAAGUAAUACAAUUACCUACAGACAACUAGCCGUAUUGUUUGGUGUAACGAAGUCAACAGCAUGGGCGAUUGUUCGUCGGGUUGUCGCGUGGGUUAUCUCAAUAGGACAUGAGUUUGUUAAGUGGCCAACUGGAGAUGCGUUGGAAGAAACAACUCGCAAGUUUUUACAAAGGAAACAAAUACCAGGUGUUAUUGGUGCUAUUAAUUGUACCCACAUAACAAUUAAUGCACAAAUAAAAGACAAACAUAUAUAUUUUGAUCGUAAACGUAAUUAUAGUGUUGUUGUGCAGGCCAUUGUCGAUGCUGAUAAAAAAUUUAUUGAUAUUUUUUGUGGUGAACCCGGAUCAUAUCAUGACUCUAGAGUCCUAAAAAGGUCAGCUUUCUAUAGAAAAGCGAAAAAUAAUAUGGAAAGUUUAUUUCCAAAUUCUACUUUUAUUCUCGGGGACUCGGCAUACCCUUGCAGAAAUUACCUCAUACCGGUGUUUAAAGAUUAUGGUUCGUUAACGCCCAAUCAAAUCAGCUUUAACAAAACACAUUCUUCAGCAAGAAUAGUUGUUGAAAAUGCAUUUGGCGCACUGAAAGGACGUUUCCGAAGGCUUCUUAAAUUUACGGAGCACAGAAAUUUAUGUGCACUUUUGAAUUUAGUUGCAAGUGCAUGCAUUAUGCACAAUAUAUGUAUUAUCACAAACGACGAUACAAUUAUUGACCCUCAAAUUGAAAGUGCCGACCCGGAGCCAGAACCUGCUAAUGAGCUGGCGAGAGAAGCAAGUGGAGAUCGUCGGAAUCAGUUACUUACAGUGUUAACACGAAGAAAUUAAUAAAUUUUAAUUAUUUUAAUU